CAAAAGCCAAGUUUCAUAGAAACUAUAUAUAAUUCACAUCUAAAGACGGAUCUUGAACAAACAUGCGUGGAGUUUGGCUUUAUCUCAAGAAGUCUCUUAGCUGCUGCGAUGCUCAGAAGCCAAGUGAUCCGAAGAAGAACCUUAUCCAGGAGAUGAAGAAUCCAUCUGGUUGCAGAAGAUCGAUGUCGAAUCUGAGGAAUGAGUUUGUUACUUAUGGAGAUGAGGGAGCUAUGCAGAAUCCAAGCUUCCGCAGCUCACGGUCUCUGGAGAGCGCCAAGUUUAUAAACACGAUGAGAUUUGAGGGCAGUGGAGGAGCGUCUUCUUCUGAUUUGCUUUCAGGUCGUUACUCUUCUGAGAGGUUUGAUGUUAUUGGCUCUGACAUCUGCGGUUUUGGAGCUCUCUCUUGUAGAUUAUGUCGCCAGAGAGUCAGAGAUCUUUAUGCGUUUGAGACUCAUUAUCUUACUAAUCACUCUGUCACUAGACUUUUAGAAGGAGACUUCUCGAGAACAACUGUAGAGUUGAUCUGCAACCGAGGCUACUCUCACAAGCUUGGCAAGACGAAAGGGAGCAACGUUUCAGCUAUUUUGAAAGUCCAGAACCUUCAGAGAGUCGUCGCGGAGUUUGAGAAGUACAGAGAGCUCGUGAAAAUAAGAGCAACCAAGCUUUCGAAGAAACACUCUCGCUGUGUGGCUGAUGGGAACGAGUUUCUUGGGUUCCACGGUACAACUCUUUCUUGCUCCCUCGGUUUGAGCAGCAACAGCGGCUCUUCAAACCUCUGUUUCUCGGAUCAGUGUGGAGUUUGUCAGAUUUUAAGACACGGGUUCGCUUCUAAAACGAGACAAGAUGGGAUUAAAGGAGUUCUCACAGCGUCAGCUUGCUAUGCGGCUCUUGAGGGGAUCGAAAUGGAACGAGGAAGAAGCAGAGGUGGAGUGAAAGCUGUUGUGCUGUGUAGAGUGAUCGCAGGGAGGGUUCAUAAACCUAUGAAGAAGUUUGAAGAUCCUAAUGGUUUUUCUGAGUUUGAUUCAUUGGCGUUGAAAGUGGGACCAAAUGCUAUACUUGAAGAGCUUUAUUUAUUGCGUACUAAAGCUCUGUUGCCUUGCUUUGUUAUAAUCUUUAAGCCUCGAAACAACACCUCAUAAAUCAAAUUUUAAUUCUUUGUUUCUUGUAUAAUUUUAUUUUUUUACCUCAUUGCGAAACCCAAGUUGUCACCAACAUGGCCAUGUCUUACUCAUCUCAUGAGGAAGAUGACUGCGUUGUGUUAUGUCUAUCAAGUCCUUGGGACGACUACUCAGCUUAAAUAGAGAACCAAAACUCAAGCUUCUUCACCUCCAAGAGAGAUGAAAUGUUUCACAUACCCUACUUCUAGAGGUCACCAAUCAUGGGAUCGUCAACUUUGAAUUGUUAAGAAUUUAAACCUUUUAUAAUGAUUUGUUUCCUUAUAAAACGAGUUGAUUCUUGAUUUCAUUCAAAAUUACUGCAUGCUUAUGAGUUAUAUGGUUACAAAAUAAAUUAUUUCUUCGGUUUGGAGUUUGGUUCCGCUUGGUUUGUUUCGGUUUUGGAGUUUAGCAUCAUCUAACCGAAUCUAGAAGUGCCGAGCCCGAUGCCUGCCACGUAAUCAAAGCGUAAAUACUUUAUACCAAGAGGGAUAGUUUCGUCAUUUCGUUCUUAGGCAUUAGAAAAACAUUUUUCCGAUCAUCGAGGAAUAAAGGUUUUCAAUACUAUUUAAUAAAAAAAUCCGAGAGGAGGAUUGAGAAGAAUCUGAAGCUGAACGAGACGAAACCUUUUUGAGAGCGAGCGAGAGAGAGAGGGUGGUCUCCGUCGUCUUCUUCUUCCCCGUCUCUCCGGCGGCGAAAAAAACUCAAAUCUCAAUCGGAGAAGAUAAGAAUAACACGCGAUACAUAAAACGAGAGAUU